CUGUGCCAGCUCUCCUGAUGCCAGCCAGCGGAGAGAGCGGUGGCCACAGGGGCGGGCUCCGGCUGGGCUCUUGCGGCGCCUCUUUCGCUUCUCGCGCGGGACUCCGUCCGUGCCUGAACCCUGGGCUGUCCCCUCCGCUGUCCCAGGGGCUGCAGCCUGUCCUUUCCUCGGCUUCCUUUGUGUGCGUGAUGGGAGCUUAGGCGGUGGCGGCGGAGGAGGUGGAGUCGCGCGCUGCUUAGCUUGUCAAGACAGCCGUUUAGGCGAAGGGAGGGGAAAAGGCGAGGGAAAGAGCUGCUGGGGCGGCUCUAGUCACCGGGAAGCCUUUUCCUCCUCGGGCAGAGAGAAAGGAGCUGGACGCAGCCCGGUGCCCUUCCUCGGGCAGCUUCUCCUCCUUGCCAAGCCUGAAAGGGACCCAAACAAACCAGCCCCAGCAGCACGUUAUUUGGACGAGGAGCGAGCAAAGCCCGGGCGGCGCCUGCUGUUGCUGCUUUGCUCAAGGGGGCUCCAGCACUUUGAAAUGGGUCGGGGGCGGCGGAGGCAGCCGAACAGCAGCGGAACCACCUGGACUAGUCGCUAAGGAGGCCGAAGGGAGGAGGAUGGCCACAUCCAGCAACUCCAGUUUGUCUGGCUCCUCCGUUUCCUCGGAUGCUGAAGAAUAUCAACCUCCAAUAUGGAAAUCAUACUUAUAUCAGUUACAACAGGAAGCACCUCGUCCCAAGAGGAUCAUUUGUCCUCAUGAGGUGGAGAACAGGCCAAAAUACUACGGAAGAGAAUUUCAUGGGAUCAUUUCUCGUGAGCAAGCUGAUGAAUUGCUUGGAGGAGUAGAGGGGGCAUAUAUUCUCAGAGAAAGCCAGCGACAGCCUGGAUGUUACACACUGGCUCUUAGAUUUGGGAAUCAGACCUUAAAUUACCGUCUCUUUUAUGAUGGGAAGCACUUUGUAGGGGAGAAGAGGUUUGAAUCAAUCCAUGAUUUGGUAACAGAUGGCUUAAUAACACUGUAUAUAGAGACCAAGGCUUCUGAAUAUAUUUCCAAAAUGACGACAAAUCCUAUCUAUGAGCACAUUGGAUAUGCUACUUUGCUUAGAGAAAAAGUAUCCCGUAGACUGAGUAGAUCAAAAACUGUAUCAAGAAAGGCUAGUGUAACAACUUGUGAAGAAAAUGCACCAGUUGAAAAGAUCACCUCCUUGGUCAGAAGAGCAGCACUGACCCAGAAUGACAACCAUUUCAACUAUGAAAAAGCACACAAUUUUAAGGUCCACACAUUCCGAGGUCCACACUGGUGCGAAUACUGUGCCAAUUUCAUGUGGGGACUCAUUGCUCAGGGAGUAAGAUGUUCAGACUGUGGAUUAAAUGUACACAAACAGUGUUCAAAGUAUGUUCCCAAUGACUGCCAACCAGACCUUAAGAGAAUCAAGCGGGUCUAUUGCUGUGAUCUCACUACACUAGUGAAGGCCCACAACGCACAGAGGCCCAUGGUGGUGGACAUGUGCAUACGUGAAAUCGAAGCGAGAGGUUUGAAGUCAGAAGGCAUUUACAGAGUCUCAGGGUUCACUGAACACAUUGAAGAUGUCAAAAUGGCCUUUGAUCGAGAUGGUGACAAGGCUGAUGUCUCUGCUAACGUAUAUCCUGACAUAAAUACUGUUGCUGGAGCAUUAAAGCUAUAUUUCAGAGAUUUACCAAUUCCUGUUAUCACUUAUGAUACUUACUCUAAAUUCAUAGAGGCAGCAAAACUCUCCAAUCCUGAUGAAAGGCUAGAAGCUGUCCAUGAAGUGUUAAUGUUACUUCCAGCUGCACACUAUGAGACUCUUAGAUACCUGAUGAUUCAUCUCAAAAAGGUUACCAUGAAUGAAAAGGAAAAUUUUAUGAAUGCUGAAAAUCUGGGAAUAGUGUUUGGACCUACUUUAAUGAGGCCCCCCGAAGAUAGCACUCUUGCUACCCUCAAUGAUAUGCGGUACCAGAAGCUGAUUGUGCAGAUACUAAUAGAAAACGAAGAUGUUUUGUUUUAGACAAACAAAGGUCUAAAGUUAUAGCCAUCUGCAAUGAAAAUUAAAUAAAUCCUCAUUAAAAGAAGUGUGGGCAAUGUUUCAUUUUAUGUGUCUUGUAGUUGUACACCAAAAUGUUUAGUAAAAGCUGUGUCUCACAGAACAAAAGUCAGAAGAACAAAAGUCAGAAAAAAAUCCUCUUCCCUUGUAUCUUUUACUGUGUCUCCAAUUUGUUUCUGUGUAGAAAGGUUACAGAUUUCUUCUGUUAACUUAUUAAAAGAAAAGAAACUUUGUAUAUUUGUUUAGAUCACUGAAGCAAAAAGGUACUAUUAAGCUGAAUCCCAAAUCUUAUGCUGGCACAGUUUCUACUAAAAUUAACUCUCUUGGCACAGCAACUUGUAAAAGUGCAUAUGUGUACCCAAUUCUGCAAAUGUUUUUUGAUACAUACUUUAAUUCUCUCUUUGUUUAGAAUCUUUUGGCUCAGUUAUAUGCAAACAGACCAUGUCUGCAUACAUACAUUUCUAUGUAGAAACAGGUGACAAUUAACUCAUUGAGAUUCAUGUUCACAUAAUAUCAGUUUCAAGACAUGAAUUGAUAUUUGUAGUCAUUGCUCUACUACAGAAGAUAAUGGCAGGAUUGCAACAAAUGGUCAUCAUCCAGAAUUUUAGAUGCAUAUCAGAACUCCGUAAAAACAGGAGCCAUCUAGUUCUCUCUAGUUCCUAUAUAUAUAUAUAUAUAGGAAACAACUUCAGUUAUAGAGAACCAGAAGGCAAUAAAUGCCCAGAAUGUUUUAGUUUGUCCAAGAGAUUAGGAUCAGGGUGUUCAUCAGUGUUACUUCUAUAUGGAUAUACAUUUUUUCUAUGUAAGACAUAAUUAUAUAUGUCUGAGUGAAACAAAAUGUAUAUUUAUAAAUAUAUUUUAUACUUAUGUUAGCUUUAGGAAUGUCUUUUUUUUUAAGCAAAAUAUAAUUCAAUGCGGUGCAUUGAUGGUUUUCCAUAUAUUCUUCUUAAGCAUUGUUGCUAUAGUCUAUUGAAAACAUUUACCACUGUUGCAGUAUUAUCCUGACAUACUUCUUUCAUUGCAAAUGGUUUUUAAAAGAUUUUACUUCAUACACAUCUGAACAUAUCCUGUAGAGCUAUGGCAAAAGCAGUAAUUUUUGUCUUAACUUUACCUCCAAACAUAUAUAUGUUAUAAAAAAAAUUAAACAGUAUUGGCAUUAGCAUCAACUACUACACACAACAUUUAUUUCUUGAAAUGCAGUUAGUUUAAAAUAAGUAAUGCCAGAUUCUUGGGUAUUUCUGGACUUUGUAAACAGUUCGCACUUAGUUGGAUUUUUGUUAUUUUUAAAUGCCAAAUGGCUUCAGUAUUUAUAAAAGUAAAUCUGUUUAAAUUAAGCCUUUUUUCUUCAUUGUAUUUUGGCAAAUGUGUUAAUCAAGGAGAGAGAGUAAAUGAAAGAGAAAUGGUGUAUUACCAAAUCUCAUGGGAGCUCUUCCUGUCUUUCCAGAGGUUGACCCCUCAAUCUAAUAAAUGCAAUUCAUUCCAAUAUAAGACAUCUUUCUCAUCAUGAGAUUUUUGUACACAUUUCAAACACAGGUAGACAGUAUAGUGUAAAUCAGAAUUUUCUCUAUGAAAAGCUCUGUUAAACUGUACUCUUGAUUUGUAUGGAUCACAAGUUUUGAAAGCCAAUUAUGCUGUUUUCUGAAUUAUUUCAGGGAGCAUAGGUUUCUAUACAAAAAUGUGCAUAAUUUUGAUAAUGAAAGAAGAUUAAAGACCAAAUGGGGCAAGGGAAACAAUGUAUAUUAAUUAUCCUUUACCUAGAUCAACAAGGGCUAGAUAGACAGAUCCAGGCUGCAGGCCAGAUGGUAGUGGGAUCUGAUUUGCUGGUAUAAUAGUCCUAGAAAUUCUCUUAAGUUGCACAAGUUUAAAUGUUGUAGGCUACGUACUAAAUACUGUUAUAAAAUGGUAUGGAAAUGGUUUUAUUUUGUGAAGUGAAAUAUGGUUUGUAACUUAUGAUAGUGUAAAUGGAAAGAAAAAAAAAUAAAUGUGUUGAGUCCAUCUGUUA